AUGGAACCGCCACUGGAGGACAGGGAUGGAUCCGCAGACUCCCAGGGCCACGCCACGGACUGGAGAUUUGCUGUGUGCACUUACAUGGAUGGCUGGGAUGAGGAGGAGCCCACCCCCAACAUGGAGGUUCAGGACCGCAGUACUCCAAGACCAUCAGCAGGGGAAGUUCAGGGUAAAAGGCUACAGGGCAGCGAAUUGUCCGGAGAGCCUAAGUCACCCCCAGAAGUGAUGGCUGCAGAUGGGUCGGGGGGUGGCCAGGAGGGCCCAUCUGAAAGCUUCUCAGCCCAGUCAGAACACCCAACCCCUUCUGGAGUGGAGAGCCCCCUAUCCCCCAUGUCUUCCCAUCUCAGACUGCUAGAGGGUGGCAGUGACAGCCAAGGGGGAGGCUUGGCAGGGAACCCAGGUCCAGACAGGGUGAUGGCAGCCAGCUUAGACCUCAAGGAGUUGAACAGCGACCCUGUGGACCUUGGAGACCCUUUAUCGGAGCUGCAGGAGCCAGAUCCCAGCAGAUCCAGUCCCCUCACACCCUCUGACCGCCUCUUGGCCCAAGACCUUGCUUUUGAGCUCCUGGCCAGUGGCAUGGCUACCCUGCCAGGAACUCGGGAUGUAGACGGCCGAGCAGUGCUGCUUCUGUCUGCUCACAGUCCGGCCUGGCUUCACCCCAAGUGCAGCAGUCAGGAGCUUGUCCGCCUCCUGUUCUACCUGCGAAGCAUCCUCAGGCCCGAAGUACAGGCCCUGGGACUGACUGCGCUGGUGGAUGCCCGCAUUUGCUCUCCAACCUCUUCCCUUUUCAGGGGGCUUAGCCAACUGCAGGAAGCCGCUCCAGGGUCUGUGCACCAGGUGCUGCUAAGGGGAAAGAUGCCACAGGAGGUGCCUUCUGGUCUGCAGCUGGAGCAGUUGCCCUCUCACCAGAGCCUGCUGAGCCGUGUCCCCACCACGGGGUUGCCUGCUUCACUGGGAGGAGGCCUGCCUUACUGUCACCAGGCCUGGCUAGACUUUCGGAUGCAUCUGGAAGCCCUGCUGCAGAGUUGCCAGGUGGUUUGUGCCUUGCUCCAGGGGGCCAUGGAGAGCAUGAAGGUGAUUCCCCGGCCCACGGAGUCUGGGGAAGUCAGCCAGCUGCUACGGCAGGCACGGGUCUUGAUGCAGCAGGUACUUGAUUCACCGCGGCUAACAUGGCUACAGGGCCAGGGGGCCUUGGAGCUGACAUGGCUGAAGCAGCAAGUCCCAGAGGUGACCCUGAGCCCAGACUACAGGCCGGCAUUGGAUGAGGCUGAUGAGCUGUAUGGCCGUGUGGAUGAGCUGCUGCACCAACUGACUCUGCAGAGCAACCGGCGAGUCCAGGCUCUGGAGCUGGUGCAGACACUGGAGGCCCAGGAGGGCACGCUGCACCAGAUUGAAGCGUGGCUACAGCAGGUGGGCUGGCCAGCACUGGAAGAGCGAGAAGAGUCCUCGGUGGACAUGCUGCUCCAGGCCCAAGGCCCUUUUCAGGAGCUGGACCAGGCUGCCCAGGAGCAGAUCAGGCGAGGGGAGAAGGUUCUACAGCCACUGGCUGGCUGGGAAGCAGCUGAACUGGGCUCCUCUGGGGCCCGCUUUCUGGCCCUGCAAGUCCAGCUGACUGAAUUCUCCAGGGCUUUGGCCCAGCGGCGUCAGUGGCUGGCAAAUGCUGAGAGGCUGUUGGGAUUCUUCAAGCAGGCCUCAACAUGGGCUGAGGAAGGCCAGCGGGUGUUGGCAGAGCUGGAUCUGGAGCCCCCAGGGACCGUGCUGCAGCGACUGCAGCUGCACUGGACCAAGCACCCUGACCUGCCUCCUGCCCACUUCCGAAAGAUGUGGGCUCUGGCCACAGGGCUAGGGUCAGAGGGCAUCUGCCAGGAGUGCCGCUGGACCUGGGCGCGGUGCCAGGACACCUGGCUGGCCCUGGACCAGAAGCUAGAGGCUGCACUGAAGGCACCACCGAGGGGCAGCAGAAGCAGCGUGUGUGCCAGCAGGGUCCCCACAGCACCUGCCACCCCUCCCCUGAGGAAGGCGUACAGCUUUGAUCGGAGUCUGGGGCAGGGCCUCAAUGAGCCUGCCCGCCACUGCCACCGGGCCACCAUUGUAGCUGCCUGCCGUGGACCAGAGGGUGGAGGUGGUGCUGCCCAUCCGGGUUCAUCCCCCAUUGUGCCUCCACCGGGCAGCUCUGACCUUAGGAGCCCCAACAGGCUGCAACUGGUGCUGGCGGAAAUGGUGGCCACGGAGCGGGAAUAUGUCCGUGCCCUAGACUACACUGUAGAGAACUACUUCCCUGAGUUGGAUCGCCACAAUGUGCCCCAAGGCCUCCGUGGCCAGCGCGCCCACCUCUUUGGCAACCUGGAGAAGCUGCGGGACUUUCACCGCCAUUUCUUCUUGCAAGAGCUGGAGGCCUGCACCCAGCAUCCGUCCCGAGUGGCCUAUGCCUUCCUGCGCCACAGGGUGCAGUUUGGGAUGUAUGCACUCUACAGCAAGAAUAAGCCUCGCUCCGACGCCCUGAUGACCAGCUAUGGCCACUCCUUCUUCAAGGAUAAGCAGCAAGCACUGGGGGACCACCUGGACCUGGCCUCGUACCUGCUAAAGCCCAUCCAGCGCAUGGGCAAGUACGCCCUGUUGCUGCAGGAGCUGGCGCGGGCCUCCCAGCGCCCUGGGCAGGAGCUCGGUGCCCUGCGGGCGGCCCAGAGCCUCGUGCGCUUCCAGCUGCGGCACGGAAAUGACCUGCUGGCUAUGGAUGCCAUCCAGGGCUGCGACGUUAACCUCAAGGAGCAGGGGCAGCUGGUGCGACAGGAUGAGUUCACGGUGCGUGCUGGGCGCCACAAGGCCCUGCGCCGUGUCUUUCUCUUUGAGGAGCUGCUGCUUUUCAGCAAGCCUCGCCGAGGGCCUGCAGGUACCGACACGUUCACCUAUAAGCGUUCCUUCAAGAUGGCAGACCUUGGCUUGACUGAGAACUGUGGGGACAACAACCUGCGCUUUGAGGUCUGGUUCCGCCGUCGCAAGGCUAGGGACACUUUUGUGCUGCAGGCCACCAGCUUGGCCACCAAACAGGCCUGGACAACUGACAUCUCCCGCCUGCUCUGGAGGCAGGCUGUCCACAAUAAGGAGGUGCGCAUGGCUGAGAUGGUGUCCAUGGGUGUGGGGAACAAGGCCUUCCAGGACAUUUCCCCCAGUGAAGAAGCUAUCAGUGACCGUACCAUCAACUAUGUCCUCAAGUGCCGAGAAGUUCGCUCUCGGGCCUCCAUUGCUGUAGCCCCGCUUGACUGCGACAGCCCUUAUCUGGGGGCCUCCAACUCCCUUCCUGGAGACCCAGCCUCCUCUUCUGUAUUGGGGCCUCUCAACCUGCACCUGUACGGAGACCCAGCUCUUCUGGGCCUCCGCUGGCCCCUGUAUCCCACCAACUUCCCCGAGGAAGCAGUGCUGGAGGCUGAAGCAGAGCUGGGCAACCAGCCCUCUUUGACUCCCGAGGACUCCGAGGUCUCAUCCCAGUGCCCAUCAGCCAGUGGCUCCAGUGGUUCCGACAGCAGCUGUGUGUCAGGACAGGCCCUAGGCAGAGGCCUAGAGGACUUGGCCUAUACAGACUGCGGGGGUCCUCUCUGGGAAAGUCUGGCUGCAUUGCAUGAGCAAGUACCUGGAUCCCCGGCCCCUUGCCUCGUGUCCUCCUUUCAUGUCCCCCUCUCCAGCCCUUGUCCCAAGUUGUGA